UAAAGGGGCAGCGCGGUCACGUGAGCGGUGCGAGGCCGGCGGCAGCUUCCGGUGGGAGCCGGGACCGAACUGGGAUUGAACUGGGAUUGAACCGGGUUUGACUCUGGUGCUGUGCCCAGCGUUCCCGGUGCAUUCCCGGUGCUGAUCCCGGUGUUCCCGGUGCAUUCCCGGUGCUGAUCCCGGUGUUCCCGGUGCAUUCCCGGUGCCGUUCCCCGGCCAUGCCGCUGCCCGUGGCUCUCCAGUCCCGCCUGGCCAAGCGGGGGCUGCUCAAGCACGUGGAGCCCGAGCCCGAGGAGGAGAUCAUCGCUGAGGAUUACGACGAUGCCCACGUGGAUUACGAGGCCUCACGGCUCGAGGGGCUGAUGCCGCCAUGGUACAAAGUCAUCGACCCCACCUGCGGGCUGCCCUAUUACUGGAACGUGGACACGGACCUGGUGUCGUGGCUGUCCCCGAGCGACCCCAACUCCGUCAUCACCAAACCCGCCCGGAGAGCGCGGGGGGGCACAGAGGCCGAGGAGCCCCCCGAGAAGGAGGAGGCGCCGCGGGAGCGCCGGGGGCACCGGCGGGAGGAGCUGGCCCCGUACCCCAAGGGCAAGAAAGGCGGCCGCAAGGACGAGGAGCUGGACCCGAUGGACCCCAGCGCCUACUCGGACGCGCCCCGCGGGACCUGGUCCACGGGGCUGCCCAAGCGCAACGAGGCCAAGACGGGCGCGGACACGACGGCGGCCGGGCCCCUGUUCCAGCAGCGGCCGUACCCCAGCCCGGGCGCCGUCCUGCGCGCCAACGCCGAGGCCUCGCGGGGCAAGGACUGACAGGGGCCCCCCAAAACCCUCAUCCCAAAACCGGGGACACCCCAAAACCGGGGACACCCCAAAACCCCCAAUAAACCCCCCCCCAGAACCCCCAACUGCUGCGCGCCAACGCCGAGGCCUCGCGGGGCAAGGACUGAUACCAGCACCCCAAAAUGGGGGAGACCCCGAAAUGGGCACCCCGAAACCAGGGAGACCCCAAAACCCCCGUAAUCCCACCCAGGAACCCCCAACAUCGGUUGCUGCGCGCCAACACCGAGGCCUCACACAGGAAGGACUGACACGGGAACCCCAAAAUGGGCACCCCGAAACUGGGGAGACCCCAAAACCCCCCCAUCAUCCCAGCCCAGAAUGGGGCACCCUGGAACUGGGGCACCCCAAAACCGGAGAGACCCCAAAACCCUCACCAGCCCACCCAGGAACCCACAAAGCUCCAGGGAUCCCCAAAACCAUCACUAUCCCCUCCAGGAACCCACAAAGCUCUGGGCACCCCAAAACUGGGGACACCCCCAAACCCUCACCAGCCUACCCAGGAACCCCCAAAGCUUCGGGCAUCCCAAAAUGGGGCCCCCUGGAAUGGGGACACCCAAAUGGGGCACCCCAAAACCCUCACCAGCCCCUCCAGGAACCCACAAAGCUCCAGGGACCCCGAAAUGGGACACCCCAAAAUGGGGCACCCCAAAACCAUCACCAUCCCCCCCAGGAACCCCCAAAGCUCCGGGCACACUCUCAGCCCCCAGCCUGGGUGAACCCCUCAAACCCCAGGGCCCCCCAGAGUUCAGGGGUUCCCCAGGGAGCCCCAAAGUUCCCCCGGGCGCCCCAAGGCUGAGGGCGUUCCCACAAACCCCAGGGGGAUUUUUAAACACCACAAGGGGUCCCCCAAAUCCAAAUCCCCCCAGAUUUGGGGUCAUCCCAAACCCUCGAGGGUCCCCCCCAAAUCCCGCAGCCCCCCUUCAUUGCAAUAAAGGCGCUGCAGCCCCGGGA